UGUAGCCCGCGGGGCUCGCCGCAGCCAUGGGCAACCGCGGCAUGGAAGACCUCAUCCCGCUGGUCAACCGACUGCAGGACGCCUUCUCCGCCAUCGGCCAGAAUGCGGACCUCGACCUGCCCCAGAUCGCCGUGGUGGGCGGCCAGAGCGCUGGCAAGAGCUCGGUGCUGGAGAAUUUCGUAGGCAGGGACUUUCUGCCUCGAGGAUCUGGCAUUGUCACCCGCCGCCCCCUGGUCCUGCAGUUGGUCAAUGCUACCACAGAAUAUGCCGAGUUCCUGCACUGCAAGGGUAAGAAAUUCACCGACUUCGAGGAAGUGCGACUGGAGAUCGAGGCCGAGACUGACCGGGUCACUGGCACCAACAAGGGCAUCUCACCGGUGCCCAUCAACCUCCGCGUCUACUCGCCGCACGUGCUGAACCUGACCCUGGUGGACCUGCCCGGAAUGACCAAGGUCCCGGUGGGGGACCAACCCCCCGACAUUGAGUUCCAGAUCCGGGACAUGCUUAUGCAGUUUGUCACCAAAGAGAACUGCCUCAUCCUGGCUGUGUCGCCCGCCAACUCUGACCUGGCCAACUCCGAUGCCCUCAAGAUCGCCAAAGAGGUGGACCCCCAGGGUCAGCGCACCAUUGGGGUCAUCACCAAGCUGGACCUGAUGGACGAGGGGACAGAUGCCCGUGAUGUGCUGGAGAACAAGCUGCUUCCCCUGCGCAGAGGCUACAUUGGGGUGGUGAACCGGAGCCAGAAGGACAUUGAUGGCAAGAAGGACAUCACAGCUGCCUUGGCUGCUGAGCGCAAGUUCUUCCUUUCCCACCCAUCCUACCGCCACUUGGCUGACCGCAUGGGCACACCCUACCUGCAGAAGAUCCUCAACCAGCAACUGACAAACCACAUCCGGGACACGCUGCCGGGGCUGCGGAACAAGCUGCAGAGCCAGCUGCUGUCCAUUGAGAAGGAGGUGGAUGAGUAUAAGAACUUCCGGCCUGAUGACCCAGCACGCAAGACCAAGGCACUGCUGCAGAUGGUCCAGCAGUUUGCUGUGGACUUUGAGAAGCGCAUCGAGGGCUCGGGAGACCAGAUCGACACCUAUGAACUGUCGGGGGGAGCCCGCAUCAACAGAAUCUUCCAUGAGCGCUUCCCCUUCGAGCUGGUCAAGAUGGAGUUUGAUGAGAAGGAACUCCGAAGAGAGAUCAGCUAUGCCAUCAAGAAUAUCCAUGGCAUUAGGACAGGCCUCUUCACACCUGACCUCGCUUUUGAAGCCACAGUGAAAAAGCAGGUGCAGAAGCUCAAAGAGCCCAGUAUCAAGUGUGUGGAUAUGGUAGUCAGUGAGCUCACGGCCACCAUCAGAAAGUGUAGCGAAAAGCUCCAGCAGUACCCACGGCUUCGGGAGGAGAUGGAGCGCAUUGUGACCACCCACAUCCGGGAGCGUGAGGGUCGGACAAAGGAGCAGGUCAUGCUCCUCAUUGACAUUGAGCUGGCUUACAUGAACACCAACCAUGAGGACUUCAUAGGCUUUGCCAAUGCUCAGCAGAGAAGCAAUCAGAUGAACAAGAAGAAGGCUUCAGGGAACCAGGAUGAGAUUCUGGUCAUCCGGAAGGGCUGGUUGACCAUCAGCAAUAUUGGCAUCAUGAAGGGUGGCUCCAAGGAGUACUGGUUUGUGCUGACUGCCGAGAAUCUGUCCUGGUACAAGGAUGAUGAGGAGAAAGAGAAGAAAUACAUGCUGUCUGUGGACAACCUGAAGCUGCGGGAUGUGGAGAAGGGCUUCAUGUCCAGCAAGCAUAUCUUUGCCCUCUUUAACACGGAGCAGAGGAACGUUUACAAGGAUUAUCGGCAGCUGGAACUGGCCUGUGAGACUCAGGAGGAGGUGGACAGCUGGAAGGCCUCCUUCCUUAGGGCUGGCGUGUACCCUGAGCGUGUUGGGGACAAGGAGAAAGCCAGUGAGACCGAGGAGAACGGCUCAGACAACUUCAUGCACUCCAUGGACCCACAGCUGGAGCGGCAGGUGGAGACCAUCCGGAAUCUGGUGGACUCGUACAUGGCCAUUGUCAAUAAGACCGUGCGGGACCUCAUGCCUAAGACCAUCAUGCACCUCAUGAUCAACAACACCAAGGAGUUUAUCUUCUCGGAGCUACUGGCCAACCUUUACUCGUGCGGGGACCAGAACACGCUGAUGGAGGAGUCAGCCGAGCAGGCGCAGCGCCGCGACGAGAUGCUGCGCAUGUACCACGCGCUGAAGGAGGCGCUGAGCAUCAUCGGCGACAUCAACACGACUACUGUCAGCACUCCCAUGCCCCCGCCUGUGGACGACUCCUGGCUGCAGGUGCAGAGCGUACCGACCGGACGCAGAUCGCCCACAUCCAGCCCCACGCCGCAGCGCCGAGCCCCCGCCGUGCCCCCAGCCCGGCCAGGGUCCCGGGGCCCUGCUCCUGGGCCUCCGCCUGCUGGGUCCGCCCUGGGGGGGGCUCCCCCCGUGCCCUCCAGGCCGGGGGCUUCCCCUGACCCCUUCGGUCCUCCCCCCCAGGUGCCCUCGCGCCCCAACCGCGCCCCGCCCGGGGUCCCCAGCCGAUCGGGUCAGGCAAGUCCAUCCCGUCCUGAGAGCCCCAGGCCCCCCUUCGACCUCUAACCAGACUCCUCCUAUGCCUCGGAGACUUCCCUUUCCAAGCCUGCCCGGAUGGCUGUUCUGUGACUUAGCAGUGGGUCCCCCAACCCCAAAGCCUCCCCUUUUAUCCGUGACUUAGUCUGUUGUAGUGGUGAGCUGACACAUCCAGGCGUGACAUUGGUGAAAACUUGUGCCCCUCUGUGGUAUUGCUCCUGCCCUGUUCUAUAAAUAUCUAUAAAUAUUCAUAUAUGUAUACAUAUAUAUAUAUCUAUAUGGCAGACACAGUCCUGCCCCUAGUGUUGGGAUUCAAUCACUGUGCUGUCCUUGUGGAGUCUUGUGGCUCAACUACCAGGGAACGCUGUCGCCUUGACAUCCCCCCUCCAAAGUGUUCUCCCUCCAGUGAGCCACCCUGUCAUGCUCAGCCUGUGGAUAGUCAGCCCCUCUCUGCCAUCCCUCCCAUCCCUCACCCCCUCGAAGCAUGGGGGUGCUGUACUGGCAGCUGUGUGGUUCUCUGGUCGCUACCAGUCUUGAUGUCUCUUGGCUGAGAAUAAAACCCAUUUCUGGACGAUGGAAAACAA